GCGCUCGCGCCGCGCCACACUUCCUCAAUCGAGUGUAUCACCGAGUGGAAAAAAAAGGAGGCGACUCGAAAGAAACGAGAGAACAACUUUGCUCCGUGAGUCGGUGAAGGUACAACGGACAGUUUGCUGGACGAGCUGACUUUGGGGACUUUUCACCAUGCCUCCAUUCUUGAGGAUUGCCUUCAACUCGUUCGACCUGGGUGCCCUGCCCCCUCCGGCGGACCCCCCUUUUUGUGCAAUCAAGAUGAAGGAGGCCUUGACAACAGCAUCCUUCCUUCUUUUUUCCCCCCCAGAACGUGGUAAGACUCUAGUUCAGCGGAAACCCACCAUGUAUCCAGCCUGGAAGUCCAGUUUUGACGCACACAUCUACGAGGGCCGUGUGGUUGAAGUGCUCCUGAUGAAGACGGCCGAGGAGCCCCUGGCUGAGGUCACGGUCGGCGUGUCCGUGCUUGCCGAACGCUGCAAGAAAGCCAACGGGCGUGCUGAAUUCUGGGUGGAUCUUCAGCCUUCUGGGAAAGUGAUGAUGGCAGUGCAGUACUUUCUAGAGGGGUUGGAGUCUGAGAGCAAACAAGCUGCAAAAGAAGAAGAGGCCCCCACCCUCAACCGUCGACGAGGUGCAAUCAAGCAGGCAAAGAUCCACUUCAUCAAGAACCACGAGUUCAUCGCCACCUUCUUCAGGCAGCCCACAUUCUGCUCUGUGUGCCGAGAUUUUGUCUGGGGACUCAACAAGCAAGGCUACAAAUGCAGACAAUGCAACGCAGCCAUCCACAAGAAAUGCAUCGACAAAAUCAUCGGCAGAUGCACUGGCACUGCCGCAAACAGUCGGGAUACCGUGUUCCAGAAGGAGCGCUUCAACAUCGAUAUGCCGCAUCGCUUCAAGAGCCACAACUACAUGAGUCCCACCUUCUGCGACCACUGUGGGAGUAUGCUGUGGGGUCUUGUCAAACAGGGCCUGAAGUGUGAAGAUUGUUCCAUGAACGUUCACCACAAGUGUCAUCAUAAAGUGGCCAACCUUUGCGGCAUCAACCAGAAACUACUAGCGGAAGCGCUUACACAAGUCAGCCAGAAAUCCUUCACCCGCCGCUCUGAUCCGAACCUUGAUCAAAACCUCUCUGAUAUCGGAAUCUACGAUGAAGUUAAUAAGCUUUCUGAACUGGAUAUCAAUGAGUCAACCCAUUAUAGCAGAAUAUGGGAUGGCUCGGGCCCGCGGCCUCAGACUCGUCUGACACACCUCACUCGCAUUAACGUGGACGACUUUGUCUUCCACAAGGUCCUGGGGAAAGGCAGCUUCGGCAAGGUUCUCUUGGCAGAACUGAAAGGUCGGGAGGAGUACUUUGCCGUGAAGGCCCUGAAGAAAGACGUGGUGCUGAUGGAUGACGACGUGGAGUGCACGAUGGUGGAGAAGAGAGUCUUAGCUUUAGCCUGGGAUAACCCUUUCCUCACACACCUUUAUUCCACCUUCCAGACGAAGGAGCAUCUGUUCUUUGUGAUGGAGUAUUUGAAUGGAGGAGACCUCAUGUUUCAUAUUCAGGAAAAAGGACGAUUUGAUCUUGUCAGAGCCACGUUUUACUCUUCUGAGAUCAUUUGCGGCCUUCAGUUCUUGCAUUCCAAAGGGAUCAUUUACAGAGAUCUAAAGCUAGACAACGUGAUGCUGACUCAUGAGGGACACAUCAAAAUCGCCGACUUUGGCAUGUGCAAGGAGAACGUUUUUGGAGAGAACCGGGCCACGACUUUCUGCGGUACACCUGACUACAUAGCUCCCGAGAUCUUGCUCGGCCAGAAAUACUCUUUCUCAGUGGACUGGUGGUCCUUCGGCGUGUUGCUGUACGAAAUGCUCGUGGGACAAUCGCCGUUCCAUGGAGAUGAUGAGGAUGAGUUGUUUGAGUCCAUCCGCAUGGACACACCUCACUAUCCCCGCUGGAUCAAUAAGGAGGCCAAAGAGCUGCUGGAGCGGUUAUUUGAAAGAGAUCCCACACGCAGGCUUACAAUUCUGGGUAAUAUACGUUUGCACUCCUUCUUCAAGUCCAUUGACUGGCAGGCCUUGGAGAACAGGGAAGUGGAGCCACCCUUCAAGCCCAAAGUGAGAGCACCGAACGACUGCAGCAACUUUGAUCGGGAGUUCCUGAGCGAGAAGCCUCGCCUGUCCCACAGUGACAAGAACUUCAUAGAUUCCAUGGACCAGUCGGCAUUUGCUGGCUUUUCUUUCAUGAACCCCAAGAUGGAGCUCCUCUUAGAGAAGUAACUCCUGAAUGAACAGUGAGACUGGGUUUACGCACCUCGUGUUUAGGUGCAGUUCACUUAUUGUGUCACAUGGUUAAACCUGCCAAAUAGCUGGUCCACCACCAGAAUUUGCGGCACCUAAUUUUAAGCACAAAUUAUUCUCCUUGGGUACAAGUAGAUAUUUUUUAGAACAUUUGGAGGCACUGUGUUUAUUAAGCCUGAUGUGUUUGUGUGCAUGUGUCUAGUUAUUGUGUAGCCUGUAAGAAAUAAUAACGGUGGUAGGUUGAAAAUUCUUAACAUUCCAUUUUGUGUCACUACUGCCAUCUUGUGUCAGCAAUGCUUGCUUUAAUGUACAGUACAUAGAUCUCAAAUCAAUCUUGUUGUAUUCAUCUUGAAUUUUAGAUUUUAAUAAUUAUUGUUUGAACACAGAAUUGCCCCACCAGUCUUCCAGAGCAGGGGUGGGCAGCCUUUGGCUUGUGGAUCAUAAUACAGAGCAUUUGAUCUGGUAUGACAUAUAGUUUUCUAAAAAUAAAUAAAACCACCAAGGAGGUGUUAUAAAAAAAUACUUGAACAUUAAUGUUAUGAAUCUAAAAUAGUAAACAUUUGCUUAAUCUUACCUGGUACUUUCAAUUCACGUGAGCAUAAAAUAAAUGAAUGUAGCUCGACUUCAAGCAUCAGUUGUUGGAAGUAGAUGAAAUUGUGUAUAUAGAUUAGUGUAUAUUGGUGUAGCAUGUAUAUUGGUACGCUAUGUAUGUAUUUUUUUUACUGUCUCCCAUCUUUUACAUCUAAUUAAAAAACAUCAAACCCUCCAAACCA